UGACUUGCUCGGAGCAUCGGCGACUCCGCGGGCACCUCAACAAACUGCCCUUGUACCCAAUGGCACCGCAAAUCCAGUUGUCCCUUUGUCCCAUGUUUGUCCAAAACCUGAUGAUGGUUUUAACCAGCUAACCGGGUGAUACUGGACAAUUUUGAAAGUUUUAACAUGUUUCACAUAGUGCAGAGGAGUAGCAGCAAUAGCAGCACGGGCAGGAUCAGAGGAGAAGCAGCACGGGCAGGGUCAGAGGAGUUAGCAGCAGCACGGGCGGGGGAGAAGGAGCAGCAGCAGCAGCACGGGCAGAUCUCCACCGGCGAGCUCCUGGUCCACCGGAUUGUGGAGGCAAGUUCCCGCGACGCCAGUAGGGGAUCGCGGCGGCGCACACGCGGGAGCUCCAGGAGGAUGCGCGGGAGCACGAGGGUGGACGCACACGAGCUUGAGGAGGAUGCGCGGGGGCUCCAAGAGGGAAGCGCGCGGCCUCGAGGAAGACGUGGCAGGAGAUUCCGGCGAAGCCCGCAUGCAGCGGGAGGAGACCACGGCGGCGCAGGUCUGGGCUGCGGCGGCAGAGGAGGUAAUUGGGGAAGGCGGCGAGAGCAGGUACUUGGCUACGGAGGAGGAGCUCAGCUGGGCUCGCCGGCCCCUGGCGAAUCACGCAGCUGGGCGGCGCCGGCCCCUGGCGAUGGGCAGGCGACGGGCAGAGGAAGAAGACGGGGCGGAGGGACUUGUUUGAAACGCUUUUGAAACCACGAGGUUUUUUUGCAAAAUUACCAAUGAAC